AGCCGAGGCAGAGGGAGGAGAGAAGAGGGCACACGCACCCGAUCAAAGCACAACAAACGCCAGUCCACCCUGAGCGAAGCGAAGGUUUCAGGACAGAUUACCCUGGACCAGGAGCUUCAGACCGCUGCUCUCAGGCUGGAGAAACCUGUCAGCGGGGCACAACCUCAACACAUGGUCACAGAGCUGCAGGAAAAGGCAAGACAUCAUUGCUCUGAUUCUCUCUCUCUCUUUCAAGCUCGCUCUCCGCACACACUCUCACUCAUUCUCCUUGAUGCACACACAGACACACUCCCUCAUUAUCUUGCGUGUGAUUGAGGCUAUUUCUUUCCGUCCUGUGCAGGAACCUCUGCUAUUCUUAUACUGCUGCAACAUUGCUCCAGCUUCUGUUCUCAAAGGGGACGGACAACAAACCGGUGCUUUUCUGCUUGCCGUGUUAUUCCGAAGCCUAGUGGGACAUCCCAACCAUGGAGAACACUCUCACUUGUACUCCAACCACCUUUUCCCAGGUCUUCGGCCGCCAAGGACAGCUGAUGCAAGCUACUGUGCAAUCUCUGAACAGCCUGAACGACCAGAUCGCUCACUUCAUUGUGACCAGACCCAAUGCCAUGAGCCACGAAGAGGACACCUUUCUGCCCACCGAGAGGGAUACUUUGAGCCAAUCCAUGGCCCUAAUGAGACACCUGCUCAUGGAUGCACAGAUCCUUCGGUCCACCACCGGCAGAAAGCAUUGGUCUCUGAUCUCACUUUCCAGACAGGCAUGUCAAGGUUGAUGGACUUCGGAACUCCAGAUUCUUCACUUGACAAAGUGUUGCUGAGGGAGGAGGUGGCUCAGUUGCAGGAAGAGGUGCACCUCCUCAGGCAGAUGAAGGACAUGUUGAGUAAAGACCUGGAGGACUCGCACGGCGGCUGCUCGGCCGACACGCUCUCCGCCGCCGAGCUCAAGGUGCAGCUGGGGGAGAAGGAGCAGGAGCUGGAACGUGCCAAGGAGGCCUUACAAGCUAUGAAGGGUGAUCGGAAGCGGUUGAAGGCAGAAAAGGCUGACCUGGUGAACCAGAUGCAGCAGCUGUACACCACACUGGAGAGCCGAGAAGAGCAGCUCCGAGACUUCAUCAGAAACUAUGACCAGCACAGAAAGGAGAGCGAGGACGCGGUAAAGUCUCUGGCUAAAGAGAAGGACAUGCUGGAGAGAGAGAAAUGGGACCUGCGCCGGCAGACCAAAGAGGCCACAGAACAAGCCAGCGUCCUGCGCUCCCAGAUAGACACGAAGGACAACAGAGUCAAAGAGCUGGAGGCAGAGCUCACCAUGGCAAAGCAGUCUCUGGCCACCCUCACUAAAGAUGUGCCAAAGCGUCAUUCUGUGGCGAUGCCAUCGGAGCCGGUGGUGAACGGCAGUCAGGAGUGGGUGAUGCAUGCAGACCUUCCCCUCACUGCGGCAAUCAGACAGAGUCAACAGACCUUGUACCAUUCGCACCCCGCGGACAGGCAAGCUGCUUUGAGGAUCAGCCCCUGUCACUCGCGCCAGCCCUCUGUCAUCUCCGAUGCCUCAGCUGCCGACGGUGACCGCUCUUCCACCCCGAGCGACAUCAACUCGCCCCGCCACAGGACUCACUCCCUCUGCAAUUCCAUGGAGGACCUCGAGGACCAGAAGCGUAAGAAGAAGAAGGAGAAGAUGAGUCUCGGCUCACUUUCUCGAGUGUUUGCCCGGGGAAAAUCUCAACGCAAGUCCUUGGAUCCGGGCCUGUUUGAUGACUCAGACAGCCUCUCCAGCCAGAACCAUCCCAGCCUAUCAGACGGCGAGGAGCAGCUGGAGCGGCUGCAGCAGGCGGAGCUUACACGCAGCAAGCCCAUGUCUCUGUGGAGGGCGGUCACUGUGCAGGCCUGGCUGGAGGUUGUCAUGGCAAUGCCAAUGUACAUGCGUGCUUGCUCAGAAAAUGUCAAGAGUGGGAAGGUGUUGCUGGGAUUGACAGAUGAGGACCUGGAGCUGGGUUUGGGCAUCAACAGCCCCAUGCACCGCAGGAAGCUCCGUCUAGCUAUUGAGGACUACCGAGAAGCAGAGAAUGGACGAGGGCUUUCCAAAGCUGCUGAUAUGGAUCAUCACUGGGUGUCUAAGACCUGGCUGAGUGAUGUCGGGCUUCCCCAGUACUCACAGGUCUUCCACAACCAGUUAGUGGACGGUAGAGUACUGAACUCCAUCACAAGGAGAGACCUGGAGACCGUCUUUAACAUCACCAACAAGUUCCAUGUUACCAGCAUCCUGUCAGCUAUUCAGCUUCUGCAAAUGCUCAACUUUGACAAAGAGGCUAUGCAGGCACGUCGUGCUCAGUGUGAAAAUCGAGAUCUGGAUCCGGUGGUCUGGACCAGCCACCGUGUCAUUAAAUGGAUCGGAGACAUUGAUCUUAAGGAAUAUGCUGAUAGCCUUCAAAACAGUGGCAUCCAUGGCGCAGUGAUGGUUCUGGAUCCGACCUUCAGCGCUGACAGCAUGGCCAAGGCUCUAGACAUCCCCAGCAAUAAACACAUGAUCCAUCGUCAUCUGUACGAGGAAAUGAAAGUGCUUCUCAACCCAGCAAGAACUAACCAGACUCAGGACUACAGGAAAGAGGGGACUCCUACACAUUCUCCUGUCUCAAACUGCCGCAAAACUGAGGAAGGAUUUUCUCCCAGGCAAAAAGUUGGCAAGAGCCCUUUGAGAUUCAAUCCGCUGGUCACUGUUGGGAGAGAUUUGACUUUUCAAGGCGGCUGUGGAUCACCACCAAGAGAAGAUCGCAUCAAGAUCCUGCAGAGGACUCAGGGCAGUCCCAUGCACGGUUACUCAAGCAUAGAGAUCACUAACGUCUGAGGGCAAUGGUUUGUGUUUGCUGCAGAAGAUCUAAGGAUGAAUCCCCCCUAACCUCUAAAUGGACCAAAUGAGCUCAAUUAUUUGUAAAAGAGAUUUGAGAAUUGACCAUUUGCACUUUCAAGAAUUUUGUAUUGCCAACAAAUCACAACUAUAAGCACUUAAUUAGAAAUUUUAUAGACGCUGCAUUAAAAAGCUAAUAUUUUGUUACUAACAUAACACAUAGAUGAACUUGACUCCAGUCAGAACUGUAGGUAUGCAGCUGAAAUCAAUACCACAUGUCCAGAUGCCCAUUCCCUCUAUUAAGGUCAUCACAACACUGUGCUUUUUUAAGGCUACAGGAAAUGCUGGAAUGAUGAAUAGUGCUGUGAAUAUAUUGUGAAAACAAUUUUUGAAUGCCUCAGUGAAGUCUAUUCUUUGUUUUAAUACAUCUGUUGACAUCUGCUAAGAUGUUUGUGUUUUCACAUUUGCCUCAUUUGCAUAUAAAAUUAAAAGCAGCCAUCACUUUAGUAAUGUAGUGUGGAUAAUAGAUUAGUCUCAUGAGAAUCACUCCAGUUGAACCGAAAUGAGUAAAAAAAAAAACUUUAGGGGAAUGAAAGAAAACAAAUCUUUGUGAUUUUUCACAUCUCUGGCUUACCAUGCAUGCAGUUCAGUUAUUUCAAUGGAAUAUAUAUGUAUAUAAAUGCAUUGUGACUGUCAUGCACAAUAAGGAAAUGAAAACGUGAUCUGGUUGGAAACCCUUUAAACCACUAUUUAAGGAGUCAGAUAAUCAUGUUCUGUCAUAAAAGGGUUCCCAGAAGAAUGUAUGGAAAGGUAAAAUGCAGUAUACAAUCUACAAACCAAUGCUGCACAUGCACAACAUAUUCUAAGUUCUACAGCUCAGCGUGCAACAGCAUUUGCCUUUUAUGCAAACAGCCCCUGUCACUGGGUCCACACAGCAGGUUAGAUAACACAAUUUGAUUAAUCUUUUCAGAUCUUGUUUAAGAUUGGUCAGGAAUGGCACUAUGAAUCACAGAUUUCCUGCUGGGUUUGACUCAAAUUGUCUAUUGAUAGACAGUGUGACGUCAGUUGCACAGUAUACCAGCACUAGGAGAUACACAGCUCAAGACAGUUUCAGUGCAUUUUGCAAUCACUUUGUCAUUUUUAUAUCACUGUAUUUUGUGGCAUUAGUGAAACUGUACUUUUGAGAAACAUUUGUAUAUAGAUUCAUACCACGUGUCAUUGACACAAUAAUCUGUAUAGAAAAAUAAAACUAUACAUACAUGUA